CGGCGUCACCCCUGGCACACGGCCUCGGCCAGCGGCCCCGGGGAGGCGGCGGGGCAGUGCCGGUGCCCUCGCAGGCAUCCAGAAGGUUCCGGCUCGCCCGCCCCUCGCCAUCCCGACCCUCUUCGUCUAUAAAUGCGGGCGCCGGUGGCCGGCGCGCUCAGAGGCGCGGUGCCGGGGCCAUGCUGGGGGUCUGGCUGCUGCUUUGGGGCUCCGUGGCCCUGGGCGGCCGGGCGGACACCGCCUUCCUCCGCCGCGCCCAUGACAGCUCCGGGCACUGCACCUACUCCUUCACGGUCGCCAGCCCCGUGGAGGCCGCGUGCCCCGAGGCUGCCGGCGGCGUGCCCGAGCUGCGCGCCGAGCUGGCCGCCCUCGCCGCCCGCCUGAGUCGGCUGGAGAGCCGGGAGCGAGGAGUGGGGGGCUCGGGGCCGCGGGGAGCCGAGCCGGGGGGCGCACGGGACCCCCAGCAAGUGGCCGCGGCCGCCCGUCUGGAGACUGCGUACGGCGAACUGCUGCGGGCCAAGUCCCGGCUGGAGGAGGAGAAGGGGCGGCUGGAGCGGGAGAAAGAGGAGCUGGGCAGGCGGCUGGAGAGCAGCGCCCAGGAGAUCACCCGGCUGCGGGCCGCCCGCUGCCCGCCCGGCAGAGAGGGGUCCGGCCGGGACACGCUGCGUGCCCCCGCCAAGGCGCCGCGCUGGGAGCCGCAGCCCCUCAGCUACCAGGAGCUGCAGUCGGAGAGGACCGAGGUUCCCGUGGCCCGGCUGUUGGAGGAGACGGCGCUCGGCCGCCCGGGCAAGGAGGACUCAGGCUGCGGCCAGCUGGUGUGGGUGGGAGAGCCCGUGGUGUUCGGCCGGGCGGACUCCAUCGCGGGCAAGUACGGCGUGUGGAUGAAGGACCCCGAGCCCGUGCCGCCCUUCACGCGGGACAACACCUGGCGUGUGGACACCGUGGGCACCGAGGUGCGCCAGCUCUUCCAGUACGAGGAGGCCGAGCAGCUGGCCCGGGGCUACCCCGCCAAGGUGCACAUCCUGCCGCGGCCCCUGGAGAGCACGGGGGCCGUCGUCUACCGCGGCGGGCUCUUCUUCCAGCCCCGCCAUUCCCGCUCCGUGGUCCGCUACGACCUGCGGAGCGAGAGCAUCACGGCCGAGAAGGAGAUCCCCGGCGCCGGCUACCACGGGCAGUACCCCUACUCCUGGGGGGGCUACACCGAUAUCGACCUGGCGGUAGAUGAGACGGGGCUCUGGGUCGUCUACAGCACAGAGAAGGCCCGGGGAGCCAUCGUCCUCUCCAAGCUGGACCCCGAGACGCUGGAGAUCCGUCGGACCUGGGAGACCAACAUCCGCAAGCGGGGGGUGGCCAACUCCUUCCUCAUCUGCGGCACCCUCUACACCGUCAGCAGCUACUCGGCGCCCAACGCUACCGUCAACUUCGCCUACGACACUGCCACGGGCACCAGCCGGGCCCUCAGCAUCCCCUUCGAGAACCGCUUCCGCUACCUCAGCAUGCUGGACUACAACCCUGCCGAGCGGCAGCUCUUCGCCUGGGACAGCUUCAACAUGGUCACCUACCCCGUCCGCCUCUCCCGGGCGUGAGCCGAGGCUGGCAAUGCGCCAGCUCAGCCCCCGGGCCCCUCCUGCGAGCCUUGGCACCCCGCUUCCCUCCCCAUUUCCCCCGGCACGGCCGGGAGCGCCGCCUCACACAGCCCUGGGUGCUGCGGGGGGCCGCACGGUGCCCGGCCAUAUCCCAUUGUGCACAAAUGCAGCAGAGGGAGAUGAAGCAGAGCCAGGGAAAUAUCUCUCACCAGCCUCGGUAGGUUUCGGGGUCACAGCAGUACCCAGCCCUGAGCGCCCAGCCUGGGCACCUUGAAUUUAGAGCAGGGAGAGCUCAGACAUGAUCAGGGCUGGGCAGAACAGGUGGUAGAAGGGCUGUGCAGGAGGAUCCUGCCUUAAAAUAAACGUUUUUCCCUAGUUGUGAGCAGCGAUCCCCUCUGUGGGGUCAGGGUUUGUUGUUUCCGGGCUCCAGCCCUGCAGCAUUCUCAUGCAGAGAUCUCACAAAAUCCACUGGCAUCCCGCACUCCCAGUGCCCAGGGGCAUCCUGGGGCUCAGCCACCUCCAAAAGUUAUCGACUAGGCUCAAAAGCAGCACAAAAUGCAGACACAUAUUGCACAAGCCUUGUUUUAUUGAAGGGGGUGGGAAGCAGCCAAGAGAGCAGGGGUGAGGAGUGCUGCAGCCUCUCAGUACCCAGCCCUUCAGCCAUGUGAUUCAGCUUUACAGGCCCUUCCAGGCCAGCAGCUCUCCCCACAGCAGUCCAAACCACGCUGUUUUAUCUGUUUAUUGUAGAAAGCUUGCAGGAGGAGGCUCCUUUCCCCCUCUGGUAUUCAGGGCAGCAGCAACCACAUUGCCCAGGGGCUGUGAAGGGCCCUGGCCCUAUAAACAUUGCCCAGCACCACUGCUGCCUCACACCUCAUCUUUCCAAGCCUGUUUUCCAAGGAGUGUGGGGGGCUGGUGCCCUCUUGUUGCAUCUACAGGCUGAAGGUGCUGGUGGGGGGAGCUGUAAAGGCUUGAGCAGGAAAAUGCCACAUUUUGGAAGGCAGCUUCUGACAGCAAUACACCAGGUGUUGGAGCAGUGGAAAAGGACAGAGAACACAGUGGGACACUGAUGAUGAUCACCUGCAGCUACAGGGAUGUUCAGUGAGAUGCUUCACUCUAUUGCUGUCCUCCUGGCACUAACACUGUUGUCUCAAGUGUAGCGUUGUCUAUUUGCAUAUCACAAUGAAGGAUUUGGUUUGUCCAUCAUCCGCACACUUUGUUUUGGGAAAAUACCUGAUGGUUGUAAAAAGUGAGCUGACAUAUGUAAGCUACCUUUGGUAAGCUGCAGGGUGGGCAGCAGGUGGGAGCCCAGCAGAGAGGGAGGACGCUGAAAGACCCAUUCCUGCUCCCAGGCUGGGAAUCUCACCUGAGCCAGGGCCACUGAUGUCCCCAGGCUGCAGCAAGGCUCAGCCCAGUGUCAGGAGCACGUCACCCCUGUCACUGUCACACGCAGAGCUGGGGAGCCCCGGGGCCCGGGCAGGAUCUGGGUGAGGGCGGGGGCUGCCAGGUGCCCGCCGGGGCUGGGCAGAGCCAAGCGGGCAGAGCCUGCAAUGCCCAGCACACCUGCCACCAACGACGGGAGAAAAGCAUUUCUGUCCCAAAGCAGGAUGGGAGGCGAGGCUGGGGUGCCCCUUCACCCCGCAGCUCCCCGGGGGUGUGAGCCAAGCCCCGGGAUGAAAGGCAGGGUUUGUGCAGAGCCCCGGGGAGCAGCAGCGCCUCGGUGAGCCCAGACAGCCGAGGGCAGACAGCUCCCGCCCCUCCUGCGCCGGCGCUUUUUCAGGCCGGGAAGUCCAUCUCUUAAUUGACUGAGAAAAUAAAGGAGGACAAGCCAAUGUACACAGGAUUUCCAGAAAGCUGGGCUGGAGCUGAACAGCGCUGAAUACACUGCUUUACUUAACAGGCUUUGGGAAAACAAGCCCGCCCUGCCCGCAUCCCAGCAAGAAGCCAGCCUGAGCCCAGGGGGGUUGCUGGAUCUGGCCCCAGUCACAUUUAACCACCCUCUGGCUCUUGCCCUGGAGAAAAGUUACAACCUUUUCACAGGCUCAACAUUAUUAAACAAAAAGAAACAAUUUGCCAAACAAAAUUUCUCACUAAUUUCUGGAAGGCUCAGCACGAUUAUUUCUGAUGACCAGAGUCCUAGAAAAGAGAUUACACACCAAAUCCCACUCAAAUUAAAAAAAAGCAAGAGCUACUCCAGUGUAAAUAGCCAGGAGCAAGUUAUCUGAUUAAAUGUCAUAAAAAUAUUCAAUCAACCGGGGUCAAUGACUGAAAGCUCCACCUGGCCUCAAAGGCAGCUGGGCGUGGUCUGGGGUUUUGGAGAGGCACACAUCAAACCUGGGUUAUUUAGAGGCACAAAAUGCCCAAGCAUUUACUUAAACUCCUGCAGAAAUACUCCCCUUGUUCUGCUCCGAGCACAAAAUAGUCCAAAGCCUCGUACAUUCCCACAGCCGACUGUGGGAAAUUCUGACUUCCCAGUGGCUUUAUUACUACAGAAUCUAACAUUAAUCCUUUCAGCAGCAUUUCCUUAAAAAUAGAACAGUCUGGUGAAUGAGUUCCCA